AUGCGGAGCUGCGGGAGGGCGCGGGGCGCUGCGGGCUGGGCCGCCCCGCUGCUCCUGCUGUGGCAGUGCCUGCCGACGGCGCGGCCCUACAACCUGGACACGCAGCACGCGCUGCUCUUCCGCGGCGGCAACGGGACCCUCUUCGGGUACUCGAUUCUACUGCACCGCCACGGCGAGGAGCGAUGGCUGGUGGCGGGCGCGCCCCGGGCCAGCUGGCCCGCCAACGAGUCGGUGGUCAACCCCGGGGCCAUAUUCCGGUGCCGGAUCGGGGGGAACGCCAGCGGAGGGUGCGAGCAGCUCCAGCUGGGCCAUCCCAGUGGAGAGCGCUGUGGGAGGACUUGUGUGGAAGAGCGGGAUAAUCAGUGGCUGGGUGUCAGCUUGUCCAGGCAGCCAAAGGAGAGCGGAUCUAUUGUUGCUUGUGGACAUAGAUGGAAAAAUGUGUUUUACAUGAAAAAUGGGCACAGACUGCCACAUGGUAUUUGUUUUGCCAUCCCUCCUGAUUUUCGAACUGAGCUGAGCAGAAGAAUAUGCCCAUGCUAUAUAGAUAAGGCACAAAAGUUUGGAGAAAACCAUGGGUCAUGUCAGGCUGGAAUAUCUAGUUUUUACAUUGAGGACUUAAUUAUAAUGGGAGCCCCUGGAUCAUUUUAUUGGACUGGUUCUGUUUUUGUAUACAAUACAACUGCAAAUACAAUCCACGCUUACACAGAUUCAAAUAACCAAGUGAAAUCUGGCAGUUAUCUAGGAUAUUCUGUUGGAGCUGGACAUUUUCUGACACCAUCCAGUACAGAAGUAAUUGGAGGGGCACCCCAACAGGAGCAGACUGGUAAAGCAUAUAUUUUUAGCAAUGAGGGGCAACUAAAUAUUCUAUUUGAACUAAGAGGUAAAAAGCUUGGUUCUUACUUUGGAGCUGCAGUUUGUGCUGUGGACCUGAACUCAGAUGGCUUCUCAGACUUACUAGUUGGUGCUCCAAUGCAAAGUACUAUCAGAGAAGAGGGAAGAGUUUAUGUCUAUAUUAAUUCAGGUUCUGGAGCAAAGAUGGUGGAACUGAACAUAGAGCUCAGCGGGAGUGACUCAUAUGCAGCGAGGUUUGGAGAGUCCAUAGCCAAUCUAGGAGACAUAGAUAAUGAUGGCUUUGAAGAUGUGGCAAUUGGGGCUCCACAAGAAGAUAAUCUAAAAGGGGCUAUUUAUAUAUACAAUGGCAGGGAAGAUGGAAUAACACCAUCAUUUUCACAGAGAAUACAAGGACAAGAAGUCAGUAAUUCUUUAAGCAUGUUUGGACAGUCCAUAUCAAGUGGCAUUGAUGUAGAUAACAAUGGUUAUCAAGAUGUAGCAGUUGGUGCAUUUUUCUCUGAUUCUGCUGUGGUGUUGAGAACAAAACCAGUGAUAAUUGUUGAUGCUUCUUUAAAGCAUUCUAAUUCAAUAAAUCGAACUAAGUUAGAGUGCAUAGAAAAUGAGCAGCCUGCCACCUGUAUGAAUUUGAAUAUAUGCUUUACCUAUAGAGGACGAGAAGUACCUGGUUAUAUAGUAUUGCUUUAUAAUCUGAGUGUUGACGUGAACAGAAAAGAGAAUACACAAGCAAGAUUUUAUUUUUCCUCCAAUGGAACAUAUGAUACAAUCUCAGGAAAAGUAAAGAUUUACAGCAAUAUUACUGCCUGCAAAGAUCAUCCAGCAUUUAUGAGGAAAGAUGUAAGGGAUAUCUUGACUCCUGUACAUAUUGAAGCGAGUUAUCGUCUGGGCCAUCAUGUUCUGCAGAAAAGAGAUGUUCAAGAAUUUCCAUCACUUCAACCUGUUCUUCAACGCAGGAAAGAAAAAGAUGUUAUAAAAAGCAAGUUUAUUUUUGCAAGAUUUUGCUCCCAAGAAAAUUGUUCGGCUGACUUGAGAGUUUCUGGAAAAGUUAUUUUUCCAACGCCUCAUGACAAGAAAGCCUACCUUGUUGUUGGAAGUGUGAAGACUUUAUUGUUGAAGAUUUCUCUGCUUAAUGUUGGAGAUGAUGCAUAUGAAACUGUCCUCCACAUUCAGAUCCCUAAAGGUCUUUAUUACAUUCGAGUUUCAGAACUGGAAGAAAAACAGAUACAUUGUGCAGUAUUAGAUAAAGAAAUUAAUGCAGUGACACUUGAAUGCAGUGUUGGCUAUUUAUAUGUGGAUCACAACUCAAAGUUGGAUUUCAGUUUCCUCUUGGAUGCAAGCUCAUUAACCAGGGCAGAAGAGGACCUCAACAUCAUCAUUAAUGCUACCUGUAAAAAUGAAGAUGGGAACAUGUUGCUGGAUAACAUGCUAACUUUACCUAUACCUCUAAAAUAUGAGAUGGAGUUAACUACUCAUGGGUUUGUGUCACCAACUUCAUUUGUUUAUGGAGCAGAAGACAGAGAUUCACCAGUGACAUGUAUGAAGGAAAAUAUCAAUUUCACUUUCCACGUUAUCAAUGCAGGACCAAGCAUGUCUCCAAAUACCAACUUAGAGAUAAUGAUACCAAAUGCUUUUCCACCCAGGGACUCCAAAUUAUUCAACCCACUGGAUAUCAAGACAACAGCUGGACACUGCUCCUAUAAUAAAUAUCCCAGAAACUGUAUUGCAGCAGAAAAAAAUGAAAACAUAUUAAAGGAUGUCAUCACUUUCUUUUCAAAGCCUACUAAGAGGCACAUGUACUGUAUGAAAAAUGACAGCCUUUGCUUACAAAUACAUUGCACGCUGGGAAACAUGGAAAGUGGAAAAGAAGCAACUGUUCACUUGCAUCUGGAGGCUACUCCUUUACUUUUACAAAUGGAUGAUGCAUCAGUAUUGAAGUUUGAAGUAAGAGCAAUGGCCUGGCCAGAAAAAAACGAAAAAGUUAUUGAACUACAUAAGGACAAGCAAGUUGCAUAUGUCUAUUUGGAAGGAGUGCACCACCAAAAGCCAAAAUACCAUGUGACUGUGCUAAUUAUUUCCCUAGGCUUAAUAGUUGGUGUUACCUUGUUACUGGUUCUUUCAUUUAUAUUAUGGAAGAUUGGCUUUUUCAAAAGGAAAUACAAACCAGUCCCUCAAGACGUGAACAGAAGAGACAGCUGGAGUUUUAAAAGUGGGAACAAAGAUGACUAAGAUGGCAAAUAAACGCUGGAUUUUAAAAUGAAGACAUUAAAAUUCAGAUUAAUUCACAGGAGAAACAUCAGCACCAAGAAACCUAGGCCUUGAGCUUACUUGCUCUUACAUAACGUGCUUUAUUUCCUUGAACUGUAUGGAGGAUACAGCUUACAGUACUGUUCUAAUACGAAAAUGGUAAAACAAUUUGUUCUGAAGUCUCACAGGAAUAUUUGAAAUGCCACAUAUAUAUAUAUAAAUAUAUAUAUAUGGUUUCAAACAGACAGAAGAACACUAAAGAUAAAGAGAAGAAGAAUUAUUUACCAAAAGGAAGUAUUUUUAGAAAAUAAUUUUUGGCCAAUCCUGGAAAGUAAGAUCU